AUGGGCUGUCCUGUCAACCACGUCCCCGCCGUCUUGACGCGAAAUUCUAGUACUGACAAGCGGCGUCCUAACAAGCACGAUGAUCUUGUCUUCAUAUUUGUUGAAAUUGCCAGAACACGACGGCCUCCUGUUCCUCGAUACCCUCGUCAAGCGCGCGGUGCGAGCCACGUCGCGCUCGCCAUCGUCUUGUGCUCGGCGUGGCUCAACACGACACGUGAGGCCGCCGUCGUGGCUUAG